AUGGUGUCCGCCGCGCCGAGGCUUCCCCAGCAGCCGGGAAACGCGGGAGGCGCCGAGCCGAGGGGGUUCUCUCCAGGGGCGGGGACGCAGCUCGGGGCCGGGAGACAAGUGUCCAGCUCCUCCUUCGGGCGGCCGCGGGGCUACACCAUCUCCUCGCACAAAGCCGAGGCGCCGGCCCGGAGUGGGAGAGAAGAGGGCGAAAGAAAAGCUGGGGAGGGGGCGGAGAGGCCGAGGCGCCGAGCGGGUCCCGCGGCCGCCACAGCCCCCCACCUCCUCCUCCUCCUCCUCCUUCUCCUCCCCCGGGAGCUUCCUCGGCCGCCCUCGGAGGGGUGCCCGCCGGGGCCGCGCGCCCGGCCGCAGCUCCACAGGCCCGCGCUCGCCGCGCCCGCCGCCGACGCCGUGUGCAACCGGCAGCUGCGGCAGCCGCGGGAGGAGAGUCGGGAUCGCCUCGAGAAGCCCGGGAGGAGGCGGGGCGCGCGGCGGAGGAACACGCAGGCGCCGCCCUCCUACCCCCCUUCCCCCGGGGGCGAGGGGGCGGUGAGGGGGGAGGGGAAGCGGGGGGCCGGGCGCUCCCCCGCCGCCGGCCGGACCCCCCGCGGGACUGCGGAGAGCGGGGAGGGGCGGGAGCGGGCUCGGCGACGACGGGAAUCCCAGUGUGGUGUACCGAUUUAACGAGCUGAUAUGCACACACCAAGUAUAGGGAUGACUUCAUCCCCGAAAGAACGCAGCCAACUCGCGGGGAAAAGCAGUCGCCGGGAGACGCGCGCGGCAUCGUGUGCAGCAGCGGGAAUGGAAGAAGAGAAACGCAGCCUGUGAAACCGCUUUCUAUCGUCAUUAGCAAAAAGGGAAUUCCGGCUGCGG